AUGGACCGCCGGCUGCGUGAGCUGCGCCUCCAGGAGGAGCGGGACUUUCUGGAGAGCAUGGCGCUGCCCCAGCCAGCUGAGAAUCCAGAGCAUGCCAGAGGACCCGCGGGUGAGAGUGCUCUGCCUUGGUCCCCCGAGGAGGAGGAGGAAGAGGCCCGGAGGGGUCAGGCCAUUGUCCCUGAGCCCCUCAUUACAGACGGUGACUGGCAGGUGCCCUGUCUCCCCAAGUCCCCCAGGGAUGCCAGCCUGAUCCUGGAAGCAGUGAAACGCAAUGAAUUCUUGCGGUGCCUGGGGGACGGGCAGAGCCAGCCGCUUGUGGAGAGCUUCACCCCCGAGCAGCGCCAACCCGGCGAAACUGUCGUGGCUGAGGGCGAUGAUGGGCACACCAUGUACAUUGUGGCUGAGGGGGAGCUGAGCGUGACACAGAAGGGGCGCCAGUUGCGUGUGCUGCUACCAGGGGAUGUGUUUGGGGAGCUGGCCGUGUUGUACAAUUGCCAGCGCACAGCAACUGUUUCGGCGCUCACUGUGGUGCAUCUGUGGGCCAUUGACCGGCAGGCAUACCGCACCAUCAUCACCGAGAAGGCCAAGCAACGGCGUGCAGAGGUCCUUGCGGGCCUGCGAGGGGUGAAGCCCCUGCAAGGCCUGUCAGACGCUGCCCUCUCGCAGCUGCUGGACUCCGCAGAGGAGCGCACCUUCGCCCACAAUGAAGUCAUCAUCCAGGAAGGGGAUGAGGGGAGAACCUUCUUCUUCAUCCUCCGCGGACAGGUUGAGGUGACCAGGAAUGUGGAGGGACAGGAGGAACACAUCCGGGUGCUGAAGACUGGGGACCACUUUGGGGAGCUCGCCCUCAUCCGCAACAUCCGCCGGACGGCCAGCUGUCGGGCUCAGGACGAGGUCACGUGCAUCGCAGUAGCCAAGGAAGACUUCCAGGAGUUGAGCCCAAUGUGCGCUCGUGAGCCGGAAGAGACGGUGCAAGAGUUUCUCCCAUUCUCGGAGUCCAGGCGUGGGUCCUACCUGGAGGAGCCCACAACCCCACGGCAACUCCAGGACCUGCUACCGGUUUUCUAUGAGGAGGGCGAGCAGCGAGGGAGGCCGGUGGUUUUGGGCACCGGGGGCUUUGGCACUGUGGAGCUGGUGCGAAGCGCAGAAGACGGGGCCCAAGAGGGCUUCUUUGCCCUCAAGCGGCUGCGGAAGGACCACGUGGUGCAGAAGCGCCAGCAGGACCACGUGCUGAUGGAGAAGAAGGUCCUGCAGCAGAGCCGCUGCCCCUUCAUCGUCAGGCUCUUUGCGACCUUCCGGGACAGCCGCCACGUCUACCUGCUGCUGGAGUUUUGCCAAGGAGGCGAGAUGUGGGCCAAGCUGCGUGAGGUCCGCUGCUUCUCGGAGCCCGUGGCCGUCUUCUGCUCGGCCUGCGUGGUCGAGGCGCUGGACUACCUGCACGCCCAGGGCAUUGUGUACCGUGACCUGAAGCCGGAGAACCUGAUGCUGGAUGCCAAGGGAUACGUCAAGCUGGUGGAUUUUGGCUUUGCCAAGGCUCUGAGGCGGGGGGAGAAGACCUACUCCUUCUGUGGGACCCCAGAGUACCUGGCCCCCGAGAUCCUGCGCCACGAAGGCCACGAUUACGCUGUGGACUUCUGGACGCUUGGUGUGCUCAUCUUUGAGAUGCUUGUAGGACGCCCCCCAUUCCACAGCGCUGAACCCCAGAAGAUCUACAGCAAGAUCAUGGAUGGCGUCUUCUCUUUCCCUGUCUCUGUGAGUGAGGCCGCCUGCUCCCUCGUCUCCAGGCUCUGCAGGCGCCGACCAGGGCAGCGUCUGGGCAACACCAGCAGCGGCAUCCGCGGCAUCCGGAAGCAUCGGUGGUUCAGCUCCCUCUCCUGGAAGAAGCUGGCACUGCGGCAGAUCGACGCCCCCACCACAGUGCUGCUCAAACAGGGCCCCUCCUACGCCAACUUCAAGCGCUUCUCCGUUGCACAGCAGCUGCCUGAGGAGGAGUUCUCUGGCUGGGACGAGGACUUCUGAGCUCCUGCCUGGGCGUCUUGAGGAAGGCUCUGCCCAGGAGCUGCUCCCUGCACCACCACCACCACCACCACCCCCCGUGGGCCAGAUGUGCUUUUGGAACCAGAGCAGAGCGACCCCAGCAGCCCCUCCUCAGCUGGAUGCUCCCGGAGAGGGGGCUGGGGCCUUUU